AUGAACCCUACAUGGCAUGCUCACUCUAUAGAAAUAGCACCUGAUGGAGAUGUGUCCUUGACCNCACAACAAGUUAAAGGCUUUAAGGUUCCACCUUGUAAAAGUUGUGGAGGUAUUUUAAAACCAGAAAUUGUAUUUUUUGGUGCCAAUGUGGCUAGACCAACAGUUCAUUUUGUAUAUGAAAGAGUAGAUGAAUGUGAUGCAGUAUUAGUGGCAGGAUCUUCCUUACAAGUAUAUUCAGGGUAUAGGUUUGUGAGUAGAGCUCAUGAUCAGAAGAAACCUGUAGCAAUAGUUAAUAUUGGACAAACAAGAGCUGAUAAACUUUCUACUAUCAAAAUUAAUUCUAAAUGUGGUGAUGUUUUACCUUUUAUAAAUAUAUGA